AUAUCUCCAUUGGAGCAUAUAUAAAGAUCAUGAUAUAGAGAUUACAGACAAAUGAUACGAACACGAACCAGGGACCGUGAUACACAAUAAAGAUAACAACAUCACCAUCAUGCGGGACAUGCCAGUCAAUACUGAUAGAUCUAUAACAGCGAACAGACCAGAUAUCAUCGUUAAAGAUUCAGUGAAUUCCACCCGCAAACUUAUUGAUAUGACUGUUCCAUCAGAUAGAAACAUCGCACUGAAGGAAACUGAAAAAAAAUGCAAGUACAAAGACCUAGAACUAGAAAUACAGAGAAUGUGGCAUAUGAAAACCGUAGUGAUCCCUGUGGUUGUUGGUGCGCUUGGUACAGUGAAGAAGGGUAUGGUAGAAAACAUCAAGAAAGUAUCAGAAAGAGCUAAUAUGACAGAGAUUCAAAAGAUCUGCAUGCUGGGAUCUGCACGAAUCCUCAGAAAGGUGCUCAGUGUAUGAACAGAAUGAUUGACUUGAGUGACUGACGCUCUAGGUGCAUGGUUUGCACCCGGCUGAUGCACAAAAAGAACACCAGCAAAGACUGUGAUAAUAGAGAUAAUAAUAAUAAUAAUAAUAAUAAUAAUAAUAAUAAUAAUAAUAAUAAUAAUAAUAAUAAUAAUAAUAUUUCAAAGUUGUUUUCCUGUAAAUUCCAAUACUUCAAUAUUUUAUGGAGCGUUAAUUUCCUUCUCGCAUUGAAUUAGAUACAGCUGAUGACCUUGAGGGAGAUGUCCAAGCUGAUGUUACUAACGUCACUGCGAGAGAGGUAGGAACGUUUAACUAAAGGUAGUAUUCUGGUAAACAGGCCACCUACCCCUCCCGUAACCCAAAAUUUUGCUUUAAGUGUGAAGUUCGUGUUAACGUUGCUUUAGGGGAGGGGUACUGAGGUGGGUAGUUUCCCAUAGUCGUACACCGAUCCAAAUUGCUCAUUAGCAUACGAGUUAACCCAUAGAAGGGGUCACCAUAUGAACAAAUCAAAUUCAAAAGUUGAAAGGGUUGGUUAGUUGAAGCAAUUUGUGCAGUUUUCAAAUUGCAAGCAAUAACAAAGGAAAUAGCAGCCACAGAAAACCGCGAAAUUGCUGGGUAGAAAAACGAUAAUGAGCCCAUACAUUCUUUGCAGUUUUAGGUUUUACAAAGAGAAUUUCUCCGAAACUAUUGGAUAUAUCGGGCUCAAAUUUUCAGAGAUAACUGAAAUUGUUAUGCUCUUUCGAUAUCAGAGAGUUUAUUUUGAUAGCUUGAUCAGAGAAUGAAAGUUGCAUCCUAAUUAAGAAAAAAUGUAAGCAAAGAUUCGCCUAUACCUGACCAUAAAUGGCCUCCUUUUACAGGGCCAUGUCCCUCAGCACUCAGCUGUAAAAAUUGCUUAUUAGUGUUGACUUUGAUUAGAAAACUAGGCGCCAUCUAGUCCUGAGCGGCUUGCCUUCCGCUUUGCUAACCGUCCCGUCAAUGUAGACUGUGUUUUCCCGCCUUUUCUCUGUCAUACUGACACUCGCAUCAAUGUGUUUUGCAGUACCAAGUGAAGUGGAACCCACCGAAAGACCCCAAUGGUCUUGUGCUUAAAUAUGACGUAGAAAUCACAAGGGUAGGUAAAUCACGACGUGCUUCAUGCUCUAAUGUUGGCAGAAUAGUGAAAGCAAACUAUGGUCGUGCAAAGACUGUUCUUAAUGUCCACUGUGCACAUAUACAAAACGAAAACCCAAUUUAUAAUAACAUUGAAGCCUGAAAAAAACUUCUGGGGCCGCUAGAAUGAACAACUCGUCUGUAUGCGGAAUCCGUAACAGAAAAAGCGUCUGGAUGCGGAAUCCGUAACAGAAAAGCGCUGUAGCGAAGGCAGACGUCCCCAAGGGGGUGAGGGGGGCGUAAUAAGGUAAAAAAGCAUUUUGUUUUCUUUCAAAUUUCUUGUGUUUGGCAAUGAACAGGACUCUUUUUCUCCGGAGAUGCGGUGUUGUGAUGGCAAAAAAAGUGAUUAUCUUGGAGCAGCUGGUGCUGCUGGAAACUUUUCUGUUCGUGUACGAGCCAUCACGCCCGCGGGAAAUGGAUCUUGGAGCCCGGUAGCUUUAUUCGUUAUACAAGAAAGAGAGAAAGCCACAAGUGAGUGUCUAACGUAUUUUUCUGUUUAUCAUGUUAGAUAUAUUUAUAUUCGUUAAAAAACUUGGGCUUCAUCCUAUGUGUAAAGAUGAUUGUUACAUGAAGUUAUAGAACCUCUCCUUUGGGACACCUCUAUUCAACGAAAAAUGUUCACAUAAUCUUUGUAUUUGUUACCUUUAUUAAAGGGAGACCUCUAUUCAGGGGAAAGGGACACUUUUUCUGGGCCCCGAAACCAGGUUUAACCUCCACUAAUCACAAUGUUGUCAGCAUUCACAAACUGAACUUUCUCACAUAAUUCAAUGUACUGCACUUUUGGAAAUUCAACGCACAAUAUCGUGGAGAUAAGUUUAUCAUGUUUUUUUUAUGUACAUUAUCUAGCUGCUUUAUAAUGACUGCAGCGGAUUCUGUGGCAGAGUGAAAAAUAUAUAUGUUUAGUUUUCGCAGCGAAAGGCCCGACGUGAAGAUAACAUGUAAGUUUCACAUGUGAAGAUAUCAUGUUUUGGCAAAUGUAUAUGAAAUAAAUUAUAUAGGAGAACUGCGGAAAUGAAAUCAAAUGAAGAAUGAUCCUCACAGUUGUGAACGACGCAAUUUAUGCAAUUGCGUAAGAAGCCUGAAAAACAUUUCUGGACGUCAUUUUGAUAUAUGUUUUCGCUCGAAAGCCCACCUGGUAUUUCUUUGAUAUGUAUAUAAUAAAAUGUUUUAUUUAAGUCAAGUUCUGGAAAAUCGUUAUCAUCAAUGAAAAACCUGGAAUGACGGUAACAGGUCUUAAAAAUGAAUAGAACAGGAUUACUUGGUUCCUUAUUGUUUUCAGUGCAAAUCGGUCUUUUUGUGAGAAAUGUGCCUAACAUUGCGGUUCUCUGAAGUGUUUUUUUUUAGUUAUGUUGAUAAAUGAACAGGAUUAAAACGCUGGGCGCAGUCAAAAAUGGCGUUAUGAUAUUUCAUCCGUUUUACCACGUUAGGACUAACUCAGCCGGUAGACCGCUGACCUGCAGAGUGUGAGGACACGGGUUCGAUCCUCGGGGAUGGAGCAAUACACUGCGGGCCCCGCGGGGUAUUAAAACCAGGGCUUUCACUAAGAUUUCAAGUUGUGGGUUUGUUAAAAGGCGGGGAACUGAACAGCUAAGAAGUUCUUUUGGUCCUGUUUCCUUUUGUUUGCAAUUACUGGAGUAGCCGGGGAUCGUGCUCAUGAUAGCCUGGGGAAACCCCCGCCUGCUCCCCUUUGUCAGCACUGAGAAGUAAAGGAACUACUUUUGCCCUCCAAAGGCAGAAAGGUUUUCGUUCAUAAGGUGAUCGUGCACUUAUGUCCCGAAAUGCGAGCAGUGCUGAAAUGGCGAAUCAGGUGAAAAAUCGCCAGAGGGUUGGCCAAAAUUCAAAUGAGAUAUAAAGAGGCGCAGCGCGAAUUUGAAAAAUAGCCAUUCGCACAAAAAAGGCGAAAAUUGAAAAUCUGGCGACAACUGAAACAUUUAGAGAAGUUGGUGGAACAAACAGUUCAAGCCUUAACGUCCUGUUUCGAUGGACUGGUAAUGUGCAUUUUUUUACAAUCUCUGAAAUUAAAUUCCUCAUAGGUGGUCGUUGAUAAUCCAAUGUGGUCGUUGAAAAGACCUUAAAAAGUGGUCGCAAGCUUUUGUAUGAACCCUGGAGGCGAAUUGGAUUAAAAUGGCGAAUCUGGCGAAAAUUUUUAAGGGUCUGAAAUUUCAAAUGUGAAGGCGCAGGCAAGAGGCGCCUCUUGCACUCUGCCUUCUGAACUUAUAUUGAGAGCUUUGUUUAUUCUCAAUAUUUCAGAGAGCCCCAGAGACGAGACAGAAGCGUUAGCUGUAGGAACUGUUGUGGGAGCCAGUCUCGCUUCCUGUGCUGUAUUCGUGUUGGCUUGUGGUUUUCUAAUCUGGUAUUUUGCUCGUAAAAGAUAUGAGAGGUGAUUCUCUUUUUAUCAGUAUGUAAGCGCUAGACCUUUUAAUUCUUCUAAAGACGAGUUUCCUAUUUACGGCAAUAUAGUGUUCACUAGUCUGCGCCACAGAUGGAAAUUAACUUCAGGUUAACCCUGUAAGUCUCAAUGGUGACUAACAUCAAUUUUCUCCUAAUGAUAUCCAUACAUAGUCAAGAGAUACGGUUAUGAGAAUUGAUAAAAUGAUCACCAAAGUGAAAAUGCAUUGAUCUUUUAUAAAAUUCUCUCAACACAUUCCUUAAAGAAAUGUAUGGAGGUCAGUUUGUAGAAUUUGUAUGUGUAUAUUGGGGCUUAAAGGGUUAAGCCCGUCUGCGAAACACCGCAGACGGACCCCCAACUUGUGUACCCGGAUUUGAGUACGCACCAUGAUUGGCCUGUUAAAUAAAAGCCACUGUCAAUGAAGGGAAAUUCGAAACGCAUUUCCGGUAAUUCGUUGAGUCCGUACCAGUGUUAUGUGGGAUCCAGAGAGCGGAGCGUGAAUUACGCCUGCCAAGAUCAUGUUCCUCUCUUAUUGCUCGCCCCUCGCUCACGUCCACCAUCGUGGUACCGGUGAUGCACACUCCCCCCCCACCCCCACCCCUACAGUCCCUCCUGGGUUUGUUGAAACGAGUUUCGAGUAACAAUGGAAUGAUCGUAAUGUCAAGAACGUGGAACAAAGAAAGGAAUCUUCAGUCCUUGACAUGCUUCAAACCAUCAUUACUGCUCUGACCUCCCCAAUACAAUGCUGGCGCUUUAUUCUCUUCACUGAGGUUGUGAGAGACAGGGAAACCACUGAGGUUACUCGCUAGUAAGUGUGUAAUCUGAUUGUGAGCGCAAUUGAAGGUUGAAUGACUUAGCGUCUUUUACUCAUCCAGUGGUAAAUAUCUUUGUUCUGGUACAUCAGGUACACUGAUGAGACGAUUCCUGGGGUGCUUUACGCUUCAGUUAAUCCAGAAUACAUGACCUCUACUGAUGGUAUGUAACAAUUUAUCGUGAACUUAGCCUGGGGCCAGGCUUCGCAGUUGGGGGAGUUGGGGGGAAAAAGGCGGCAAGCCGAGCAAUAAUCUGGGGAAGGGAAAGGCCACCCAUUCCUCCUCCCCAGCCCACCGCUCACCCAUUUUUUUUUAAUGCCUUUUCCUUUUAUUGCCAUUUUCCCCCAGUCCUCCUUUUUUCCUUUAGCCACAACACAUACCAAAUAGUUUAAUUUAUUUUAGAAAAUUAUUCAAUGAACUGCCAUUUGAUCCUCCUUUUCCCUAAAUUCUUUGAAAUAUAAUGAGCCAUGAUCAAUUAAUUAUGCAGAUUUAGAUUUAAAGGGGCUAUUUCACGACCUGCGCAUGUGAGGCUUAUCUGUUGAUAUACUCAACUGUCCGCCAUAUUGAAUUUUUGAAAACCUGACGGAUUUUUGGCAGCAAACAACAGUUUACAGACCCAUUUUUCUGACUUUUUUUCGCGACUACACGGACAACAGCGCGCGUAAGCUAAAAACCGUAUUGACCAAUGACAGAUAUGAAAUUAAAGGUCGAAAAUUCGUUUCCAAUCCUUUCCGCGUGGUUUUGCGUUCUCAUUUGCCGUUGUGAUGCCUUUGCUAAUUCUUCUCAUGACACUAGGAGCCCGCGUGGCUGACCGAUCCGGGAGUUGGAGCUCCAAAUCCCAGACGAUAUCUUUAAAGCUUGUUUUCUCUUCUUGCAGUUUAUAUUCCUGACGAGUGGGAGUUUCCCCGAGAGAAGAUAAAGCUAGUGCGUGAACUCGGGAAUGGCUCAUUUGGAAUGGUGUACGAAGGAGAGGCGGAAGACAUAACUCCUAACGCUCCUCGCUGCAGAGUAGCUGUUAAGGUAACGCUCUUACCUACAAGUCAAAUGAGCCUGGUUAUAAACGGGUUAGGGUAGUGAAGAAGAACAAGAUAAAAAAGGCUUCCAUGUCAGAGAUCAGCGUGUUAGUGCAAAUUGACGGUGUUAUUUUAGCACCAUUAUUUUCUGCUGACCCUAUACAAAUCCUUCUAAAUUUGAAUGGGCAAGGUAUGGGUUUUGGCCAUGCGUUGAGAAGUUGUAGCUGUUGUUACGCAAUAGCUGACCUUUGUUCUCCUUUUUCAGACUGUAAAUGAAAACGCAUCAUCAAGAGACAGAGUGGAGUUCCUUCAAGAGGCCUCUGUUAUGAAGUAAGUGUGUGUGACCAAUUGUAGACUGUUCACGGUCCUCUAUUUUUCCGUAAGAUCGUCGAGAUCAAUUGCAAGCGCUUUGCGUUACGGGCCGCCAUCUUGGAUGAGUGUCAAAACUGCUCAGGGGGCAGUGUUGUAUUAUGGGCAAAGCGAAAGUGGCAAAUGUGAAAAUCUAGCAUUCUGGUUUCCAGUGUCUCUCUUCCUCAGGGGACGGAAAGAACAGAGUCCCUGGGAACGAGAUUGCAAUGCAAAUUGUUACUAGCCACCAGUCCUCUUUACCUCCAUUCAAAAUCCAUGAUAACAUCGCUUUUAGCUCUGUUCAGUAACGGUGACGAAAUCAAAAGUACCAAAAUAGUACCUAGUUCGAAGAACCGUCCUCGAAAUGUACUUUCCUUCUUCACGCCAUUGAUAUGCGGAUUCAAGUACAGCAUUUAGUGUAACCAUGCAGUGAAUCAUUAACCCGCAACACAUUGCGAUAUUUUACUGAUGAUGAUGAUGAUGAUGUCCUAUUUGCGUACUCUUCUCUCUCAGACAAUUCUCCAGUAAUCACGUUGUGCGUUUAUUGGGCGUAGUCUCUGAAGGACAACCUACUCUUGUUAUAAUGGAGCUCAUGGAGUUGGGAGAUCUCAAGAACUUCUUACGAUCGCGCCGACCAGGGGUAAGGGGUUUCCCGAGAUAUUGUCACUCUGCUGCCAUUUUUAUUUAACUGUGGCUGUGUUGGCUCAGAGCUAGUCGUGGGUUCGAUUCUUGGUGUCGGACCAAUACUCAAGGUCUUUAAAAGAACUAAGAAAUGAAGUAAUGACUAAGUAGAAAUGUGGAACCCGGCUCCACCAGCAGGGGAAGAAAGAACAGUGUUCGUUAUAUUAAAACUGAUUAUAACAUGACUCCGAGGCUUUAGGGACCAAAUUGCAAAUUUUCCUUAACAACUCGGAGUCAUGUUAGAAUUUUAAUAUAUCGAACGUGGGCUAUACGCCACUUCCACAUUUCCCAUCAUGCACCUUAUGUGCCCCCCCCCCCCCCCAAAAAAAAUUGCAUAACCUUUGUUUUUCAUUUCUCCUGUCCAUUACAGUCGUCCCAAGAGAAAUUGAAAGCAAUGCUUAUGCAAAAUUUUUGGGAGCAAAUAAGGUGCAUUAUGGGUAAUGUUUAAGUGGUUUAUUAGUUCUUUUGUGCUAAUCACACGGCACCGGACGACAGGACACUUUUUUCACCCGGGACCGUUCGAUAUUUUCUUUCUGUUCACACGGAACUUUGAACGGCUAAGUGUCGUAAUUUCCGUACGGUUAAGAUGGUUCCGUAUGAACGGAACACGUAUAUGCGCGAAUUCAGUCCGGUGCCGUGCCAACGAAGCCUUGAGUAAAAGUGUUUUUUUUUUUUAAGUGAACUCACAAUUGACCCUGGUAAGGCCACCGAACUAGUUUACGGAAUUUCGUGGCUUCAGUCUCCAUUUGGAACUCCUAAUGUUUUUUCUGAUUUAUUCCAUUAUUAGAGUUUUUUAUCCCUCUCAGAGUCAGGAUUGUAUGAAGUCCAGUGACUUCAAAACAUUCUCGCUUAAAAUAAGAAUGAGGUUACCUUGUGAUUUACCGCUGUCUUUUUCGUAGCUCAGAGUAUUUUCUUUCUUUUACAUCUUUAUUUCUUUUUCUUUAUUAGGAAGGAUCACUGCCGGCGCCAACUCUUCAAGAACUUCUUCAGAUGGCUGGAGAAAUAGCGGACGGCAUGGCAUAUCUGGCAGCCAGAAAAUACGUCCACAGGUAUGGCACUUACGGGUGUUUCUGUUGUUUUUUUUUUUGCGCUCGAAGGUGUUUCUUAUUUGAUUACAGUUGACCUAAACGUUGCUUAUAUCUGGGGUACUAGUCUCCCACGCUGCUUUGGGAGUGGCGUAGAUUGGCCUUGCUGGAGACCACUGCAUGGGGCACGUGUCGUAGUGGGGGUGGUGAGAGGAGAGGGUGGGGACGGUGAGAUGGACAGCUGAGGCGUAGUUGUGUGAGAGAGGUGAAGUGUAGUAGUCCUGGUUUAUUGUAAACAGUGCAUGUCAGUUGUUAUAGUAACAAACCCUGGAUUUGUGUUAAUCGGCCUUUGAGCCACUCGGCCUAGAAAAAUAGAGUUAUGAAAGAUACAGAAUACAUAGUAUACAGAAUGAUUUUUACCUCCGUCUGGAGCAAUAGGGCUUGACAGAGGCGGAGAGAGCGCUGGGAAAGACACACAUUUUCGUUACACACCGAAUUUGCACGGAAUGUGUUAGUUUGUCUUGCCAACCGUUAGCAGAUUCUGAAUUUCUUAUCCUUAUGUUUUUCUCCUUUUGUAGGGAUCUGGCUGCCCGAAAUUGUAUGGUCAAUGCGAAUUACACAGUUAAAAUAGGAGGUAGGAAUACUACAAGAGUCAUACCAUCUGUCGAAUUUUCUUUACACUGAUUUUCUGUGGAUAUUAAUAACAUAUAGCGUUGUUUCCACAGAUUUUGGAAUGACUCGCGACAUUUACGAAACAGACUAUUACAGAAAGGGAGGAAAGGGUAAGCUACAUGUAUCACAUGUUUACGUUUUCUGUGUGUCCUUAGUUUGCGGGCAGUCUCUUAUUUAUCUUCAGUGUUAAUGGAGUCCAUGCGUUCCAUGCGUGGACCCCACUCGACGCGAAAUAAGGAACGUAACUUGAGGAAAAAGAAGAAGAAAAGGAGGAUGCGUCAUAGUUCUUUGCUGCUUGCCUACUGCAAAAGCUGCCCCACUAAUUUUGAAGAUAAUAGAGUAGUCUAGUAGUGUUUCACGAACAGCUGAAGAACAAGUCGCAAAUUUCGUUUUGUAAAAUACUGAUCAACAAAUCGCACCAUUCCAAAGUACUUCUUACGAGGUCACACCAUUAUAGCAUUUCGCUCACAGACUCGAGAAGUUGAACUUAAUUCCACGUCCACAUAACUGAUUUUGGGAGUCAAAUUGUAAUCACUGGAACUACUUGUUACUUACUACAGAGUAUCAACUGUGACAUGAAGGUCCGUAUGGAGAUGCGAGUGAGAUAGGGUCAUGUACCCUGGUGAAAAGUUUCGGACUUGUGGAGCUUAUUGUGUUAGUAAGCGCGGGAAAUGAUCUGCUUUGACUUAAAGAUUUUUCUUAAUGAGUUUCGCUGAGUUUGAAGCCAUUAGCCUAUAGCUUGAGUAAGAUUAGCCUGCUAGCAAGCUCUCCGGCUAAAGUGAGAUGCAUUAAUUCAUCCUACAGACGAUGGGAUUGGACAUAAGUCCCAGAUACGUACUUGCCGUGUAUAUCUGGUACACAUCUGAUGUUAGGUCCAAUACUGGAUGACCAAUAGCGUUUUUGCUGGGGUCUUCUCUUUUAGAGUUGGGCGUGUAGCUUGUAUUAAUUGUUGUACAAUACCAAUCCCAUUGUAGGUCUGCUUCCUGUACGGUGGAUGGCACCAGAGUCCUUAAAAGAUGGUGUUUUCACCAGCAACAGCGAUGUGUGGUGAGUUGAAACGAAUCGUAGUAAUCGUUAAAUGUUUUGCCACGGUUUUGCGUAUAAAUAGUUAAAGUUUUCAACAGUAGCGAAUUUUCCAGUCGUUGAUCCGGAUGCUAAUGUGAACACACCCUUGCUUCAACUACCCUCGACAGAAUUCGGACCAGUGCCAGUACCCAGGAACAAUGUCGAGACCUUGUACUCCGGCACUAAAGUCGGCAACGCGUCCCUCUCCAGUGAUUGUAGCCAUCGCAGCGAUCGCAGCGACAACGGUCACUGAGAAAGUAAAAGUUCUAUCUUAGCGAUCAUUUUCGCUUCGAUCGCAGGGAGAGUGGUUUCCAUAUGAUCGCUGAACUUUUUUCUCAGUGAUCGCAGCGAUCGUAGCGAUCAUUGAACUUUUUUCAGCGAUCGUAGCGAUCAUAUGAAAACCAGGCUUUAGUUCCGAGGCUACCUACUGCUUUGCAUACCCAUAACUUACUGCUACGCUCUUGUGUUAAAAUGACGCCUGACGGGCUAAACGCUAUGGAGCAAAUACGUGAAUAGUUUCAAACAGGGCACCCAAGGUGUGAACACAACACUAUUUUGCGCAGGGAGCCAGUGUGAUCUUAGCCUGUCCGAGUAUUGGCACGUGUCACGUCUCCUCGCGAGAGGGGCUUGAUUUGGUGCGCGCGAGCGUAGUCGCUAGCAAAAGUUAGUAAAGCCUGGAACAGACUUUCUAUUUGGAGAGGAUGAAAAAGUGAAAAAGCGCAAACAGACGGGGGAAAGCGGGGAAGGAUGGGGUGGGUUGGGGGCGGGGGAGACAAGGAAGGGGAGAGGACUCGGUCCGAUUUGUAAUUACGGACUACGCGAAGUUUACCUGACGCUCUAACGUGGAAUGAACUGAGUAUUUUUCGUUUUUUGGUACAGGUCAUUUGGUGUUGUGAUGUGGGAAAUGGCCACUUUAGCUUGCCAACCUUACCCCGGGAAAUCCAAUGAGGAAGUUCUUAAAUUCGUGGUAGAUGGCGGGCUCUUGGAAAAACCAGAAGAAUGUCCUGACAGACUGUGAGUCUAUUGUUUUAAUUAGUCUAGAUUGACGUGGACAUCUUGCAAAGCUUUAUUUUCUUUGCUCCGUAUGACAAGCAACUCCAACUUUCCCAACCCACAACGACAUCAGCCGGUAACGAGAACGUCAAAAGUGCAGCAGGUUUAUUAAUCAAACAAGGACUCUUCACCUGCCUCACCCUUGUUUUGUACAUUUCUUUCCGUUACUGCGCCAAGAGUACCACGUAAAAUGCAACGUCUUAUGGAGGACCUAAUUUUCGUUUCCUUUUUUGACCUUGAAAACGGUCCAUAAGAACUCAACUCUAUACAAAAUUUACCUACAUUUGAUAAAUUGAGCGAAAUUGAAUGAUCGCGAUGGAGUUUGAAACAGCACGAAUUCGCUUUUUAAGUGACGUUUUCGUUGCCGGUUCCGUACUGGUUUCCUAAGCUCCGCAUUUCUAGGCUCAGCCACCAUGCUUAAUUCCAGAAAAACCUUGCAACUGAGUUGUUAGAACGCGUCAAAGCUCCGCCCUGUCGCUUGUGAACAGGCUGUGGACUCCUGUGGGUUGUAGGACGAAGAGAAAGCUAUAAAGUAGGAGCAGAGGUAGAGAAGAAAGGGGAAAGCCCACUCACCUUCACCGUCGUUUUUUUUCCACGGGAGCCGGCUCACAGGUUCCUUAUCCUGUUGAUCGCAUUCUGUACUCUCUGUCUCUCUCCGAAGCCUUUACAAGGAGACGACUACCCACUGAAUGUCGUGUCCGAUAUCUCGGGGCUAGUGGAUUUUUCUAUUGGGCUAGUGAAUUCUGUUCUUAACUUGCCCACCAGGCAAGCGAAAUUUUUAAAGGAAUUCUAAUCACAAAAGAAGUGUUAUCAACCCUGCUCAUCAUCGGGCUAGUUAAAAUGAGUUUUGGGCUAGUACUUGCUAACUACAGCUUGCCCGAAUGGCAAUCUGUAAAACUGACUUUCUUUGCCCCCUGGGCUAGCUAAUUGCAGUCCUUAUAUCCCAAAAAUUUGAUGUCAGACCUCCUAAUUUGAAACUUCUGCCCACGCCUCUGACCUGCCAUUUAGUCAUACGGAAUGUCGCGCUUAUUUUGUCUAAUUGACUAAAGGCCUUUCUGCAAACAAAACCACUCCUACAUCGUCUUUUGAUUGACCUGUUAUAUUUCUUAUAACAUACCCCAUCCCAUAAUUAACAAUGAUCCUUAAUCUCGUACACAUAUCUCACUCUGUCUUACGGUGAAAAGUGAAAUUUUUCCCCUCCCCCCCCCUCCCCCUUUUUCCAUUAUGAUGCUCCUCUAAGUCUACAAUCUGACUGUUGUGAUUGCAAGUAAGGGUUGGUAUAUAUAUUGUGUUGACGCCAACAGUGAUGCUUAUCGUUUACUUAAUUCAGGUAUGACAUGAUGACCCUCUGCUGGCAGCACAACGCUAAAGCUCGUCCAACGUUUGUUUACCUCAUAAGCCUUCUCGAGGACGACUUGGCAGACACCUUCCGCGAGCUUUCUUUCUACCAUACUCUCCCAGAAGACCAACUUAAGGGACUGUUAAGUAGUCAUUAUAAGCAUAAACAUAAAAUCGAAACUGAGGAUUCUACCCUCAACGUGGAAUGUGCAGCUUAGAGAAGAAAUAUGAAGCUUUGCUUUAGUUAGAUAUCGAACGACCCAUCUGAUCUAUUAUGGCGCUAAACGCAGUGUUGUUCCUCCAGCAAUUCAGGUUACGUUUCUUCUUCAACAAUGUGCGGAGGAGUGUCUCUAACAUCUAAACUUAGAGAUGUUUUCACCACGCAUCACGCGACUGGAAAUAUCGUGGUAUACGUGGACGCGGUAGGUACUUCCUGAGAAAGUUCGUCGCUCAUUUGGUAAACGGUCUCGCCAGGACAUAAUCCAGACAUGGAACUCUGCGAGUCAAAGUUGAUCUGUUAUUACGACUAUAACUACAGGCUAUCCUCUCACUUUGGUCAGAAAAUGAAAGACGUAUCGUCAAAAGAUCACAAACCGAACCAUUAGCCAGUAGUGGAUGUGGAAUACUUGGUAAUGAUGUGUCCCGAGUUACUACUGCUGUCAGAAAGGUCUCUUUGAAAAUGAAAUUGCUGCAAUCUAUGUCCUGCAAACUUUACAACUCUGGAGAGCUUAUCUUUGAUCCAGGCAAAUCCUCAAGUCGGCUCGCUUGAUCUCGUCAUCUUAGCUCGUCAACUAUAACUUCACGUCAACUUCAAAUCCAAACCACAACCCUGAGCAAGACGCUUUACCUCUCGACUAUCCUCUUAAACGCUCAACAACCCUCGGCAACGCUCGGCAAUUCUCCGGAUAACCGAAUUACCAUCGUCAUCUUUCCUCGUCAGUCCUUGUUUAUCUGUUGUAAGUCGCAGUUGACCUCUUAUAUUAUACCCUGAUUCUUGUUCGUAGUGCUUGCAACUUUUUAGAUUACUGUCUUCCCUUGUCAGUUCUCGUGUAGCCUUGUCGACUGUCAUCAGCUCUCGUUCUUCUUUAUAUUUAUACCCUGUGACCAGUGCGUAGUGCUUGUUCCGAUAAUGGGUUUACACUAGUAACUCCAAAAGGCGACUUAACGUUACAUUUCUCGAGGGCAAAGACUUUUUUAAUGGCGAAGCUAAUAAAAAUUUCCAAAACAACCUAAUUUACAAUUAAAUUGACUAUCUACUACUUUCAUUCAUGGAAUAAUCAAUUACAAUUAUUAGUGAGAAACUUUGCGCCCUUCAAGGGAAGCGUUAAUAAUGAUUCAAAGGUAAUCACCGUUUGUUAUAAAAAAAAAUUAUCGGAGCAUCCAUAUAUUAAAAUACUCGAGCUGAAAUAAAUAUAACCAAAAGAUAAAGUUUUAAUAAUACAGGGCGAGUAAAACCGCUCUACAGCAACCUGCUAAAAUAAAGGCCUGUGUCAUCAUUGUUAAUAAAUCGCUUGGCGAUACUUCAUGUAAAACGC